AUGGAUUUCCCUCAGCAUCGUCCGUGGAACCGUGAUGGGUUCGAAAUAGCGAUCAUUUGCGCCUUACCCCGCGAAACCAAUGCUGUUCUUUGCAGCAUGGAUGAGAUCUGGCAUGAUUGCCGCCAUUACUAUGGAAAGAGCGCUGGAGAUGAUAACUCUUAUGAUUUCGGGGAAAUUGGCAACCACAGUGUGGUCAUCGUAACAUUGCCAAAUAUGGGCCUAGUGAAGUCGUCAAGCGCUUCCCGAUCCCUCAAGAUGAGCUUCAGCUCCAUCAAGCUGGCUUUGCUUGUUGGCAUGUGCGGUGCGGUUCCAUUCAAGAAAGACGGGUCCGAAAUUGUCCUCGGUGACGUUAUCAUCAGUGAAACGAUUGUUGAGUUGGACUACGGCCGACAGUAUUCCGACAGCUUCAGACGGAAAAAUGCAUUACUUGACGUCCAUGGUCGACCGAACGAAGAGAUACUCGGGCUACUGCAGCGUUGGAAAAUCCCGGUUAUUUUCGAAACAUUACGGCAAGGCUCCAUGCGGCAUCUGAAUGCUCUGCUGCAAACCAUGAACACGAACUAUCCAGGCGUGCGCCAAGACAUACUUUUUCAACCUGAUUACAUACAUAAACAUCGUGGGAAAUGCAUGGAAUGUAGUGAUGUCGUGGGAUCCGUAUGUCAACAUGCUCUCACGGCUUCAUGCAGCGACCUGUGCGAUGAGAGUAAAAUAGUUCCUCGCCAUCGCCUGAAGGAAGCAGCAGCAAAGCCGGACGGCACAAUCCCCAACCCUAAUAUUCAUAUCGGCCCGAUUGGUACUGGAAAUGCCGUUAUGAAGUCAGCCCAGCAUAGAGACCAGCAUGCACAUUCUGAUGGUAUCAUAGCGUUUGAAAUGGAGGGCGUGGGUGUUUGGGAUAAGUUCAAUUGCCUUGUCAUCAAAGGUGUUUGUGACUAUGCAGAUAGUCAUAAGAACAAGGUCUGGCAGGAAUAUGCGGCUGCGGUUGCUGCUGCUGUCGCCAAAGAGGUUUUGGUGCAGUAUGUGACACCUCAAAUGCUUCCAAAUCCAUCGGUUUCCAAUGGUGAGCUCCCGCGACAGAAUCCAAAUCAUUUGACUGGGCGGGAACAAACUCGGUAA